UCUCUAUCAUCUUCUCCAUUUUAACUACACCCUUUAAUUUCUCAUUAUUUUUCUUGCAAAAACUUAAGUGAAGUCCAAACCAAUGCCGGCAGGAGGUAUCGGAGCCGCUCCCGGCGGCGGCCGGGAGUAUCCGGGGAACCUUACUCUUUACGUUACAGUUACAUGCAUCGUCGCAGCCAUGGGCGGUUUGAUCUUCGGUUAUGAUAUCGGAAUUUCUGGUGGAGUUACGUCGAUGGAUUCAUUUCUGAAGAAGUUUUUUCCGUCGGUUUUUGAAAAGAAGCAUGCGAAUGACUCACCGAAUAACCAUAAACGAGUCAACCAGUACUGUCAAUAUGACAGUGAAACGUUGACUUUGUUCACUUCUUCGUUGUAUUUGGCGGCUUUGAUAUCGUCGUUAGUUGCUUCGAGUAUUACUAAAAGAUUUGGUCGGAAAUUAUCUAUGUUUUUUGGUGGUGUUCUGUUUUUUGCUGGCGCUGUGAUUAAUGGCGCUGCUAAAGCUAUUUGGAUGCUGAUUGUUGGAAGAAUUUUGCUUGGUUUUGGUAUUGGGUUUGCUAAUCAGUCUGUGCCGUUGUACCUAUCUGAGACGGCCCCAUACAGAUACAGAGGAGCAUUAAACAUUGGUUUUCAAUUGUCAAUCACAAUUGGUAUUCUUAUAGCCAAUGUAUUGAACUAUUUCUUCUCAAAGAUUCAUGGUGGUUGGGGAUGGAGAUUGAGUCUCGGUGGCGCUAUGGUCCCGGCUCUAAUCAUUACCGUCGGAUCAUUAGUCCUUCCGGACACACCGAACUCUAUGAUCCAACGGGGCAAGAUCGAAGAAGCCAAAACUCAGUUGAAGAGAGUUCGUGGCGUCCAAAAUGUGGAUGAGGAGUUUGAUGAUCUUGUUGCUGCUAGUGAAGAAUCGAAAAAAGUCGAAAAUCCUUGGAGAAAUUUGUUGCAGAGGAAAUAUCGACCUCAACUCACUAUGGCGAUUGCAAUUCCGUUCUUUCAGCAACUUACAGGGAUCAAUGUGAUUAUGUUUUACGCUCCGGUUUUGUUUGAUACUAUUGGCUUUGGUAGCGAUGCUGCUCUUAUGUCUGCUGUUAUUACCGGUCUUGUUAAUGUUUUUGCUACGAUGGUCUCGAUAUAUGGUGUCGAUAAGUGGGGAAGGCGGUUCCUUUUCCUCGAGGGCGGAGUUCAGAUGUUGAUCUGUCAGAUUGUUGUGGCAGUGUGCAUUGGUAUCAAGUUCGGAGUAGACGGAGAUCCGGGUGAAUUGCCCAAGUGGUAUGCAAUUGUUGUGGUCCUUUUCAUUUGCAUUUACGUGGCUGGAUUCGCCUGGUCAUGGGGACCACUCGGAUGGCUAGUACCGAGCGAGAUUUUCCCGUUGGAAAUCCGAUCUGCUGCUCAAAGUGUGAAUGUCUCUGUCAACAUGUUUUUCACAUUUGUUAUUGCUCAAGUUUUCUUAACAAUGCUUUGCCACUUGAAAUUCGGGCUAUUCCUCUUCUUCGGCUUCUUUGUGUUCGUCAUGUCGAUAUUCGUGAAAGUCUUCUUGCCGGAGACGAAAGGAAUCCCGAUCGAAGAGAUGACUCAAGUUUGGAAGCAACAUUGGUAUUGGUCAAGAUUUGUUACUGAUGAUGAAGGUUAUGGCAAUGGAAAGCUUGAAAUGGGAAAGACAGGCCAAUUACCAAAGAAUGUUUAAUCUUGUAUGCUUUAUUUAAUUUUUUUGUUUUGAUUAGAGGUACAUAGUAAUGAUUUCAGAAUCAAAAUUAUAUUUGUUUCUCAAACUACAAAGUAUUUGUAUGCAAUGAAAAGUUCAAAGUAUAGUUUGGUA